AAUGAACGGACGUUACAUUAUCAUUGCACUGUGUCUUCAUGCAGCUCUGACUUACGUAAACGGCCGUUACUGUAAAUGUCCAAAGAUUUACCGCCCAGUGUGUGGGAUGGAUAGUGUGACAUACCCAAACGAUUGUGAGAGAAAAUGUCGCGGCAUAAGCAAGCAGUCAAAUGGUCAAUGCCCUACCCAAUGUAUCUGCACGCUCGACUAUACGCCCGUGUGUGGAAAUGACGAUGUAACAUAUGGCAACGACUGCCAAAGGCAAUGCAAAGGCGUUGCCAAAAAGCACGACGGAGAAUGCACCCCUGCAUGUGCUUGUCCUUUAAAUUACGACCCUGUAUGUGGGAAUAAUGGCUUCACAUACCCGAAUAGCUGCGAAAUGGAAUGCGCCGGCGUAAGCAAGCAGUCAAAUGGUCAAUGCCCUACCCCAUGUAUUUGUACGCUCGACUAUACACCCGUGUGUGGAAACGACGAUGUUACCUAUGGCAACGACUGCCAAAGGCGAUGCAAAGGUGUUGCCAAAAAGCAUGACGGAGAAUGCGUCCCUGCCUGUGCUUGUCCUUUCAACUACGACCCUGUAUGUGGGAAUGAUGGCGUCACGUACCCAAAUAGCUGUGCUAUGGAAUGCGCCGGCAUAAGCAAGCAGUCAAAUGGCAAAUGCCCUACCCCAUGUAUCUGUACGCUCGACUAUACGCCCGUGUGUGGAAACGACGAUGUGACAUAUGGCAACGACUGCCAAAGGCAAUGCAAAGGCGUUGCUAAAAAGCAUGACGGAGAAUGCGCCCCUGGCUGUGCUUGUCCUUUCAACUACGACCCUGUAUGUGGGAAUGAUGGCGUCACGUACCCGAAUUGCUGCGCUAUGGAAUGCGCCGGCGUAAGCAAGCAGUCAAAUGGCCAAUGCCCUACCCCAUGUAUAUGUACACUCGACUAUACGCCCGUGUGCGGAAGCGACGAUGUUACCUAUGGCAACGACUGCCAAAGGCAAUGCAAAGGCGUUGCCAAAAAGCAUGACGGAGAAUGCGUCCCUGCAUGUGCUUGUCCUUUCAACUACGACCCUGUAUGUGGGAAUGAUGGCGUCACGUACCCGAAUAGCUGUGCUAUGGAAUGCGCAGGCGUAAGCAAGCAGGCAAAUGGUCAAUGCCCUACCCCAUGUAUAUGUACGCUUGACUAUACGCCCGUGUGUGGAAACGACGAUGUUACAUAUGGCAACGACUGCCAAAGGCAAUGCAAAGACGUUGCCAAAAAGCAUGACGGAGAAUGCGCCCCUGGCUGUGCUUGUCCUUUCAACUACGACCCUGUAUGUGGGAAUGAUGACGUCACAUACCCGAAUAGCUGCGCUAUGGAAUGCGCAGGAGUGGCCCAGAAGCAUGUUGGCGAUUGUGCCCCAGGGUGGAUGAAGGGUUGGACAGCUGAAACCGGCAAAGUCUAA